UACUAUAAAAAAAUUUCAAUGCAAUAUCUGUAAUAAAUUAUAUUCGGAAAUGUCUAAAAUAAAUAUACAUAUGGAAACUCAUAUGGAAGAAAAAUCGGUUUCAAAAAAAAAAUGUUUGUUAUAUAAACCUACUAUUGGUAUUGAAAAUGAGUUUAAUUGUGAUGUUUGUGAUAAAUAUUUUCCUACUAUAACAAGUUUAAAUAAACACGUUCGAAUAAUUCAUAAAAAACAAAAAACAAAACAGAAUAACAAUAUUAAUACAAAGCCAUCAACUGAUUCUUUAAAUUUAAGAAGAAAUCAAACUACAACAGAGCCUAAAGAGUAUAAUGUCUGUCAGAAUUCAUACUCCGUAAAUGAACAAACUGAAAAUAGUUUGGGUCGUAUAAAAAUAGAAACAGAUAUAAUUGACGGUAAUACAUUUACAAGUAUAUUAACUAUAGAAAAUUAUUCAAUCACAAACUUUGACACUAAUAUUUCAAACCCUACCUCCGAAGAAAAUACUAACGACAAAAUAAAAAUAGAAGCAGUUACCGCUGAUAAUAAUGAUAAAAUGAUUCAUGGCGGUUAUGAUGAUAUAAAUGCAGAAAAAGUUGAUGAUUUUUUAAGUGGUAAACAUUUAAAUUCGGAUGUUAUAUCAUCAAUCAACAAAGAAUCUAUGAAAACAUGUGCUUUGUGUAAUACAUCAUUUUUCAAAAAGUAUCUUUUAAGAAAACAUAUGAAAAGUCAUAUGAAGGACAAAACAUGUUCAGAAAAAAAAAAAUCAGCCUGUCUUAAUGCUGAAAAAAAAUUUAAAUGUCUUGUGUGUAACAAACAAUUCACUGCAUCAUCAACAAUGAAAGUCCAUACAAGAAUAUUUCAUACAGAAAAAAAAAUAUACAAAUGCAAUAAGUGUCAUAAAUCAUUUUCAGAUAUAGUGUACUUAAGAAGACAUAGAAAAUAUCAUGAUGAAAAACCAUACCAAUGUGAGGUGUGUCAAAAAUCAUUUCCUCAGAUGUCAAAUUUGAAAGUCCACAUGAACAUUCACGCUGGUAUAAAACCAUGGAAAUGUGAUGUGUGUGAAAGAUCUUAUGCCGAUAAGACAUCCUUCAAGAGACACAUGCAAUACCAUAAUGAGGGAUAUUCUUUUAAGUGCAAUUUAUGCAAUAGAAUUCUAAAACGAAGAAAUAGUUUGAAAAAGCACAUGAUUAGUCAUAUCAACGGAAAGAACUCUGGGAAUAAAAAGUAUGAUUGCAACAUCUGCGAGAAGAGCUACAAUACACCAUUUGUUUUAAAAAGACAUAAGACUAUUCAUACAGGCGAAAAACAAUUUAUCUGUGACAUCUGUAAAAAAUCAUUUGGUGCAAAAGCACACAUGAAAAGGCAUAUCAUCAUCAUUCACAUGCAAGAAAAUAAAUAUAAAUGUCACAUUUGUAAUAAAUUGUUUUCGGAUGUAAAUUAUUUCAAGGUACAUAAGACUCUACACGAUAACAGUAAACCAUACGGGUGUAACUUUUGUAAAAAAUCAUUUUCACACAGGACAUUUUUAACGAUUCAUUUAAGAAACCAUAGAACACGCCAUGAAUGCAAAAUUUGUAAAAAAUUAUAUCCUCAAAAAAAAAUAUUAAAAAUUCACAUGAAAAUACAUCACUCGGAAUAAAUAUAUAUAUAUACAUGUACGAAAAUUAACUUUCUGGUAAAAAAUGUAAGCUCAGUUGAAAUCUUAGUAAAGGCGAUUAAUUUCAAUAGUAUAAUAUUUUCAAAUGAUUAUUAAAACUCAAUAUUCUUAUUCGACCAUACACACAAGAAUUAUUAACACAUAAUAAGAAUAAAAAUGUACAAUGAAAGAAUUUUUCAAAU